AUGCCGCCUCCGUCCCCCCGGGUUGCGAGUCUGACACCGCCUACACGUGCUACACCGCCCAGUAUCAAGGAUUUCGAUAUCAUCAAGCCGAUCUCGAAGGGUGCGUUUGGGAGUGUGUAUCUUGCGAAGAAAAAGACGACUGGAGAAUAUUUCGCUAUCAAGAUACUCAAAAAGGCAGAUAUGAUUGCGAAGAAUCAGGUUACGAAUGUACGUGCUGAACGUGCAAUCUUGAUGGCGCAGGGUGAAAAUCCGUUCGUUGCGAAGUUGUGGUUUACGUUUCAGACGAAGGAGUAUUUGUAUUUGGUUAUGGAGUAUUGCAAUGGUGGGGAUUGUGCGGCGUUGAUUAAGAUCCUUGGUGGGUUGAGUGAGGAUUGGGCGAAGAAGUAUAUGGCGGAAAUUGUGUUGGGGGUGAAGUACCUCCAUGAACACGGUAUUGUACAUCGUGACUUGAAGCCGGACAACUUCCUUAUUGAUCAGAGAGGGCAUCUAAAGUUGACGGAUUUCGGAUUGAGUCGCAUGGGGUUGAUUGGACGACAGCAUCGGGCUCAAGCUCAUGUCCAGACCACGGACAGGAAUAGUCCAGAGCUGUUUGUUGGUACGCCGGAUUAUCUUGCGCCCGAAACAAUCAAGGGAACUGGGCAGGAUGAGAUGAGUGAUUGGUGGUCUCUUGGCUGUAUCUUGUUUGAGUUCAUGUUUGGGGUUCCGCCGUUUCACGAUGAAACGCCCGAGAAGGUCUUUGAGAAUAUCCUUGAAAGAAGGAUUAUCUGGCCGGAAGAGGAGGACGGUGAUGAACAUCUCAUCUCGGAACAGGCGAGGGAUUUGAUUAAUAGACUUCUUUGUGUUGAUCAAACUCAGAGACUUGGAGCGAAUGGGGCGGACGAGGUGACAAGCCAUCCUUUCUUCAAGGGGAUCAACUGGGAGCAUCUGUUGGAUGAGGAGGCUUCGUUUGUGCCUACACCGGAUAAUCCAGAGGACACGGAGUACUUUGACAGACGU